CCUGGGGACACCAUCAUCCUGCCAAGAAGUCUACCAUUCACAAUCACAUUACUCAUGACCAUUUCUCACCAGGAAGACACCAAAAAUGCUCCCGAAGAGCACCAGUUGCACCGCACCGGCUCAUGGCUGCCAUCCGACCACCGCGUGCACAAAAAAUGGCUGAGAGACAUCAUAGAAAGGGUAGAAAACGACCCAAAAGAUCUCCAUCCAGUCAUCCAAGAAUUCAAAGAUUUGAUUGAGAAAAAUACGCGUAUCUACAUCCUCGUCAACUCCAUGUUCGAAGAGAUACCCGCCAAGAAGCCGUACAAGCGUGACCCGGGCGGCCACAAGCAAGUCCGCGAUUACCACCAUAUGCUGGCGCUUUUCAAUCACAUUCUUACUGCUGCGCCUGAAUGGAGUGAUCAUGAGUAUUCGGUUGGUGUGGUUGGGACGCCAUUUAAUGCUAUUCUGGACUGGCCUAUGGGCACACCAUCCGGCUUCGCCUUCUUCCUCGACCCAGAAGUCAAUAAGAUGAUCAAAAAAGUCCUAAACGCAUGGGCCGAAUUUCUCGCUUCACCAGAUUCAGCGUACGUACUAGAUAACAACCAGAUCGGCUGGUUCAGCGACCACGGCACACACGAUCUCGAACUGACCGCGAACGUUGGCCGCUCCUCCCACAAAUUCGACGAGCUCUUCCAAUGCGAUCCGAAAAAGAAGCACCGCGGCUACACCUCCUGGGACCACUUCUUCACCCGCCUCUUCCACUCCGACAAGCGUCCCGUGGCCAGCCCCGAUGACAACACCGUCAUCGCAAAUGCCUGCGAGUCAAAACCAUACAAAGUGAGCCGCAACGUCGCACAGCGCGACCGAUUUUGGAUAAAAGGCCAACCCUACUCGCUCAUGGACAUGCUCGCCAUGGACCCCCUGCACGAAUACUUCAUCGGCGGAACGAUAUACCAGGCCUUCCUUUCCGCGCUGAGUUACCACCGGUGGCACGCGCCCGUCAGCGGGACGAUCAAGAAAGCGUAUCUAGUCGAAGGUACCUACUUUUCCGAACCACUAUUCGAGGGUCUCGGUGAUCCUUCCACCAAGGGAGGUAUUAGUGAAGAAGGUGAGAAAACAGGACAGGGAUAUCUUACUGCGACGGCUACGCGAGCGAUCAUUUUUAUUGAGGCGGAUAAUUCCGAUCUAGGGCUUGUGUGCUUUAUGGGAAUUGGUAUGACGGAAGUGUCUACAUGCGAGAUCACAGCCAAAGAAGGGGAGCAUGUUGAGAAGGGGGAUCAGAUUGGCAUGUUUCAUUAUGGGGGGAGUACGCAUUGCUUGAUUUUCAAGAAGGGAGUGGAGUUGGAGGGGUUUCCUGAUACGCAGGAUGUGAAACAUAACGUUCCUGUCAGGUCGAAACUUGCUGUUAUUAAGAAGACUGGCUGAUUGGGGUGGGAACUAGGAGGUAUUGGAGUAAAGCUUCGUAUCGCUGGUGCUAUGAGACUUUGCUGAUUGAAUCAUAGACCUACAAACCUUUUCUAAAUGCAUCUUCAUAUCGGGGGCCACAUAUAGUUUCUAUAACAACACGAGUAUUUUUUUGUGUGAAUAAGAGCCGAGGGAUAUACAUGAGUCUAUGCUGAUAUGCACAUGGCUUGUAACGUGAACGCUUAUUCGGAAAAGUAUAUCAACAAGGAAUUCGCAAUCCAUCACUUUGGCUUGGAACAGAUGCUUACAAUAGUACACCAUACAC